CUUCCUGCCUGCUCGGUGAGUCGGUGUUGGAUUAGUCCGUUCUAUUCUACGUUGUGUUGUCCCUGUUAGCAUCUGGUGUUCGUCGUAGUCGGAGCCGUCUCUGCAAGUACUCAUCACCGCACAACCGGAGGAAACAUUCAGCCUCAUCUCCGCUGGACACAUAAACACCGAGCCCGGCAGGAAACAUGUCUACCGCCCUGGAGAGCUACAUUAACCGCACCGUGGCCAUCGUCACCUCAGACGGCAGGAUGAUUGUGGGCACUCUGAAGGGCUUCGAUCAGACCAUCAACCUGAUCCUGGAUGAGAGUCAUGAGCGGGUCUUCAGCUCCAGUCAGGGAGUGGAGCAGGUGGUGCUGGGACUCUACAUUGUGCGAGGAGACAAUGUGGCGGUGAUCGGUGAGAUCGACGAGGAGACUGACUCCACUCUGGAUUUAGGAAACAUCAGGGCCGAACCGCUUAACUCUGUUGUCCACUGACCCUCCGACCUCUUGACCUCUGACCUCCUGUGCGCUGUCCUGGUCGCCAUCUCCAUGGUAACAGGACGAGGACGACAGCGCGACUCAGGCUGUGUCUGAUAUCACUCCCUCGUUCACUCGUUCAGUCCUCCCUGACGUUCACAGCAGUUAAUACAGAUUCAUCAUCAUCAGUUUGUGUUGUCACACAACUGUUAAAUUCACACAAACACACACACACAAACAACAACAACAGAGGGGUACAUAUAAACAGGAAAUGAUGUCAGACCCAGCAUCUGUUGUGUGGAUGAUGUUACAGGAGUCUGUUUGAUCUGGAUCAGCUGAGACCUUCAAUCUGUGACAUGGACUGAACCAAUUUAAAAUAAACCACUGAUCCAGAUCCCUGUGUCCCUAACAGGCUCCUGUAGUGAUGACUUCCUGUUUGGAUUUUUUUUUUAUAUAUAAAUAAGGAAGUGAACUGUUAAAAAAGUUGUUAGUUAAACUUUUUUAUGCUUAUGAGUCUUUUUGUCAGCUUGUGAUUGUUUAAUAAAGUUUCAUUUGUCAUA